AUGCAUCCAUUAUAUUGGCUCCUGCCUCUUUUAUACAAACUGUGUCCGGGAUAUGCUUGGGUGGCAAGUAACUUUCUUAUGACGGGACCGAAGGCCUAUCUCACCUAUGCAAGAAGCGUGCAGGUGGGUGCAAAGAGUGGGAUGGAAGAGUGCAAGCAACAGUUUGCGUGGGAUAGAUGGAACUGUCCCGACAGCGCAACCCAGCUCAAAGGACUAAGACGCGCCACCAGAGAGACCUCUUUCGUCCACGCCAUCAGUGCGGCAGGCGUCAUGUACACUCUGACCAGGAACUGCAGUCUGGGAGACCUGGACGACUGUGGCUGCGAUGUCUCAAAGAACGGGAAAAUUGGUGGUCGCGGCUGGUUGUGGGGUGGCUGCAGUGAUAACGUAGAUUUCGGGGAGAGGAUUUCCAAACAGUACGUGGACGCACAGGAGACAGGUCAGGACUCCAGGGCUGCUGUCAACCUGCACAACAACGAAGCCGGGCGGCAGGCUGUGAAGGCAACCAUGAAGCGCAUCUGCAGAUGCCACGGCAUGUCUGAGAGCUGCAGCGUCCAAACCUGCUGGACGCAGCUGUCAGAUUUCAGAGAGAUUGGGAACUACUUGAAGAUCAAGCACAGUCAAGCCCAAAAACUGGACAUCGACAAAAAGCGCAUGAGAGCCGGCAACAGCGCGGAUAACAGAGGUGCCAUCGUGGACGCGUUCGGAGGCAUCGCCCAGACAGAGCUCAUCUACCUGGAGGACUCUCCGGACUACUGCACCAAGAACACAAGCCUGGGGCUGUACGGCACCGAGGGCCGGGAGUGCGUGAAGCACGGAGAGGGUUUGACCCAGUGGGAGAGACAGAGCUGCCGCAGGCUGUGUCAUGACUGCGGCCUGAGGGUGGAGGAGAGGCGCACGGAGGUACUGAGCAGCUGCAACUGCAAAUUCCACUGGUGCUGCAAAGUGAACUGUGAGGACUGCUCCCAGGUUAUAGUCAAACAUGUGUGCGCCAGGAGGGAGGGUGGGGACGGACACGGCUUUAGACGGAGAUACCGUGGACCCAAACAAGUUAAUUAA